GUGGACUCCCUCCUCUUCCUCCUAACACAGUCACAUGCUGACAACCCUCUCACUGCCCUGGUAGUAGUGUCACUACCACUAUUGCCUGCGAACGCUUCUAUUUUGCUGAACCCUCCCACGUCUGGCAUCCAGCAUCUUGUUUAUGGGUGCAACAGCACGGCCAUUUCAAAGAGAUCAGAAGGACCGGUGGCCCUCAACCUCUCCUCUGUUCCUCCUCUACCAGAAACCAACCCUUAAGAAGAUGUCUGACGCGCUUUGUAUUGUGGGUUCGUUGUUUGGCUCAGCAGAAGGACAGCAAGAAUGUGGUUCCUGUUACGUAAUAAAUAUGGGAUCUGUAAUAGGCAUUAUUGCCUCUGACAUUAUCUUGACCAUCCUCAUCACUAUUUCUGUGUUCUGCUUUGCAACUUACCACAAGAGACGGAGGGACUGGGGCUCUCAUGAUGGUAAAAGAAAUGUGCAACCAUCAAUAUCAAAGAAAAUGGCAACAGAGGUCACAGAAUCUCCCUACCAGGAGUUACAUGGUGUCCAGUCGGAUGUGUACAGUGAGCUUCGGCACUUUAGGAAAUGAAACAAUGUAACAAGAAAAUGUCAACAAUGUCUGUAAAUAUUUUCUCAAGCUAUAACUGUAGUACUACACACACUUCACAUUUUGUCUUCACAAUUAUGCUAUAGAUAUAUAUGUAUAUGUAUUUGCAUGAAAAUGAUUAUCUUCUAUUAAGUAA